GUUUUCAUUGGAUUGUUUGCCGGCGCACAACACAAACUGAAUGUUGAGCGUGGUGACGGAGGAAACGGCCACACUCACCCCCCGAAGACAGUCACCGUCACCGCGACUGCUACGACUACUGCGACUACCAGUGCUACAACAACCACAACUUCUACUGCAGUUUCGACUGCGACGACCUCCUUACCCACGACGAUACCUUGCCUCAAACCACACUGUGUCAUUCUCUCUGCUUCGAUUAUAUCCUCACUUGACGUUUCUCAAGAUCCCUGCGAGAAUUUCUAUGAUUUUGCCAAUGGUGGAUGGCUUAAGAAACAUCCCUUGCCAGCCGACAAGAGCAGUUUAGGAAACUUUGAAGUUUUGUCUCAACAGAACAAGCGGGUUAUCCAAGAGAUUUUGGAGUCAAAAUCUUCCGCGGAACUUGCGCCGUCUCCUGAUAGUGAAAUUUUAACCAAACUGCGAGAUAGCUACUCGGCUUGUUUGAACGAGGAACGAUUGGAUUCAAUUGGAUCUGCUCCUUUGUUACAUUUCAUCAAGACACUCAGGCGUCUAUACCGAAAAGAAGAUACCGAAAUAUCUCUCUUGCCCGGCAUCGACUCCGGCCUGACCGCUGCAAUUGCGUUUCUUCACUCAAAGGGUAUUGAGUCCCUAUUUUCCUUUGAGAUAGAGGGAGAUGUUGGUACAGACCCUAACUUUAUGGUACCUUGGUUCAGCCAACCGAAAUUUGGUCUCCCGUCAAAGGAAUAUUACGAAGACAAGGCUAUCCGGAAGGUAUACAAGGAUGUCGUCGAGAGAUUACUCUUGGUACUUACUGAAGAGGAAGAAAAAGAUAUAUCGCAGAGCUCACCGGUUCUCGUCGACAACGACGAUGAUACCGUUUGGCCCCCCUGGCCUUGGCCGCCGUGGGGAGAUGACGAUGACGAUGGCCACAAGGGCGAUGAUAAAGGAGGCAAUAGAAGCCAGGAAAUCAGAAUACUUGCCAAGAAAGUUGUGGCUUUUGAAAGCAAGCUAGCUCAGGCGAGUCUGGACUUGGACAUCUUGUACCAGGACCCCAUCGCAACCUAUAACCCUGUUCCAAUUUCAAAUCUCACCGACUCUCUUCCCCAAUUGGAUUUCGCCACAUAUUUCUCGACGUUCACCCCUCGAACCUUCCCCGACCGAGUCAUCUUGACCGAUCUGACGUAUGCGACGUCUCUCUCGAAAAUUCUCGACGACACCGCUUCUGAAGUGAUUGAGGCCUAUUUGACUGUCCGCGCUGCCCUAGCUCUUUCCCCGUAUCUGGGCAUGACUACAGAAGCAUGGCAGGCACAGAGGUCACUGGUAGAAACUUUGACAGGUAUCAAGAAAGGGGCUGUGGGAGAUCGAGCUGAAUACUGCAUCGGAAAGGUUGAAGAGACUUUGGGCUUCGCAGCUGGUCGAUAUUUUGUGAAUGAGACUUUCAGAGGAGAUUCACGAGAGAAAGGCACUAAAGUCAUCUCAGAUAUCGUCGAAGCAUUCAAAACCUCUCUUCCGCAUAUUGAUUGGAUGGAUAAAAAGUCCGCGAUGGCUGCGGCUGAGAAGGCUGAUGCGAUCCGUGUCAAAGUUGGAUACCCGCUCUCACCUAACACCCGUAAUGCUCGUUCAAUCGCGAAUUAUUACAACACCGUGAAGGUGGAUAAGUUAACCUUCUUCGAAAAUAUGCUAAGUGCCGCAACCAGCGACCAGUUCAAAAAGUGGCUGCAACUUGGUCGACAGAGAAACCGGGAGACGUGGGAAAUGUUCCCCUCGACAGUGAACGCCUAUUUCAACCCCCCUUCGAAUGAGAUCGUCUUUCCAGCCGGUAUCAUGCAACCACCGUUUUUCUCUCAUGAUUGGCCUGGAUAUAUAUCAUAUGGCGCGUUUGGCCAUGUUGCAGCGCACGAGUUAACUCACGCUUUUGACUCUGCUGGUCGACUGUACAACCAAAAGGGGAAACUGGAAGAGUGGUGGACAAAUUCAACGAGCAAGGGCUUCAACGUUAAGCAGCGUUGCAUCGUUGAUCAAUAUUCAGAGUAUACCAUUGAUGAUGGACAUGGCGGCAAAAUUCAUGUUAAUGGCAAUCUCACCUCCGGUGAAAAUAUUGGCGAUACGGGACUUAUUCAGGCCUAUCGUGCCUGGAAAGCCCAGUAUCACACUUCGGUCAAAGAAGGUGGCGAAUACGUUUUACCUGGCCUAAAUUUCACAAGAGAACAAUUGUUCUUCAUCUCUUUCGCUCGCAUAUGGGCAAGAGCAAUGAAACCUGCCGCUGCUGUACAACGCAUCCGGACUGAUCCUCACUCACCCACUCGAUACCGUGUUGAUGGAACUGUUUCGAAUAUUCCGGAGUUCGCCAAGGCGUUCAAAUGUUCUAAGACAGCCAAGCUGAAUCCACCAACAGAGAAGCAAUGCAUCUUCUGGUCAUAA